GACGCCCCCACCAGCCGGCUGGGGGCAGGCUUUAAACUGUCUCUGCGCGCGAGCCGUGAGCUCAAGGGGUAGCUCUGUGAAGUAACGUUUGUCUGAGGAUGAGUUUGAGUGACAACAGUGACCGAAGUUUGUUAUUUUACAUCUACGGGUAAACUUGACAUGCUCGACGAGUUUAGUCGUAAAAGAAAGCGCGUGCCUGGAGCGCCGCGCGCUCCCUGUCCGCAUCCUCCUCUGCAUCAGGUCCCCAGCUGCUGAAGCGGUCCAGCCCCUCUGAAAAUGGCUGGUCUAGGUUCGGGAACUAGUCCGCGCCUGGCCGGCUUUGUAAGCCUGUCGUUGCUGGUUUUCGUGGCGGUUAUUUCUGCGAGCCCCGACAAUGUGGAUGGAGCCAACGAAACGCUGAGGCGUCCGUCCGGAGACAGCCUGGAGGACUCCCACCAUCAUCCGAGGAACUCCACCGAGCACCGGAAGGCUUUCCCAGUCCUCGCCUUCAACUACGAGCACGUCAGUAAGCCCUUCGUGAUCUCUCUGUGGAUCCUUCUGGCUCUGCUCAUGAAACUGGGAUUUCAUCUCAUCCCCAGAGUGUCGCACGUCGUCCCAGAGAGCUGUCUGCUGAUCUUUGUGGGUCUGCUGGUGGGUGGCGUCAUCAAAGCCAUGAACCAAACGCCUCCAGUUUUGGACACUAAGCUCUUCUUCCUCUACCUGCUGCCUCCCAUCAUCCUGGACGCCGGAUACUUUCUGCCCAUUCGGGCCUUCACAGAGAACAUGGGAACCAUCCUGGUGUUUGCGGUGGUGGGCACGCUGUGGAACGCCUUCUUCAUCGGUGGGAUGAUGUUUGCGGUCUGUCAGAUUGAGGCAGCCCAGGUGGGCCACGUGGACCUGCUGUCCUGCCUGCUGUUUGGCUCCAUCAUCUCGGCGGUGGAUCCCGUGGCCGUGCUGGCCGUGUUUGAGGAGAUCCACAUCAACGAGCUGCUGCACAUCCUGGUGUUUGGGGAGUCUCUCCUCAAUGAUGCCGUCACUGUGGUUUUGUAUCACCUCUUUGAGGAAUUUGCCCACGAGGGAACAGUGACUGUCGGCGACGCACUGCUUGGUGUGGUUUCGUUUUUCGUGGUCUCCGUGGGAGGAAUCAUGGUGGGCGUCAUCUUCGGCAUCCUGGGAGCCUUCACGUCCCGCUUUACGUCGCACUCCCGGGUUAUAGAGCCCCUCUUUGUCUUCCUCUACAGCUACAUGGCCUAUCUCUCUGCAGAGGUCUUCCAUCUGUCGGGGAUCAUGUCUUUGAUUGCAUGUGGUGUAAUCAUGCGGCCUUAUGUGGAAGCCAACAUCUCCCACAAGUCCUACACCACAAUUAAGUACUUCCUGAAGAUGUGGAGCAGUGUCAGCGAGACGCUCAUCUUCAUCUUCCUGGGAGUGUCGACAGUUGAGGGUCCUCACAACUGGAACUGGAUCUUUGUCAUCUUCACACUCAUCCUCUGCCUGCUAUCCAGAGUGCUUGGAGUCGUCGGUCUCACUUUCAUCAUCAACAAAUUCCGUAUCAUCAAACUUACCAAAAAAGACCAGUUCAUUGUGGCCUACGGUGGCUUGCGAGGCGCUAUAGCCUUCUCACUGGGGUUUCUGCUCACCGACACGGAGAAGAAGGACAUGUUCCUCACUGCCAUCAUCACGGUCAUCUUCUUCACCGUCUUUGUGCAGGGGAUGACCAUCAGGCCUCUGGUGGAGCUCCUAGCAGUAAAGAAGAAGAAAGAAAGCAAAGCAUCAAUUAAUGAAGAGAUUCACACACAGUUUCUGGACCAUCUCCUGACAGGGAUUGAAGACAUCUGUGGGCAUUAUGGCCAUCAUCACUGGAAAGACAAGUUAAAUCGCUUCAACAAGACCUAUGUGAAGAAGUGGCUGAUUGCUGGUGAUCGCUCCACUGAGCCUCAGCUCAUUUCCUUCUACAACAAGAUGGAGAUGAAAGAAGCCAUGAUGCUGGUGGAGAGCGGGAGUGCCGCCAAGCUGCCGUCUUUGGCCUCCACAGCCUCUUUGCAAAACGCUCAACAGAGAGCCCCACCCAAACAACGAGCCAUUCCAAGCAUCUCAAAGACGCGUGAGCAGGAGAUCAGGAAAAUGCUGCGAGCCAACCUGCAGAAGACCCGGCAGAGGCUUCGCUCAUACAGCAGACACGACCUGUUCAGCGACCCGUUUGAGGACAACAUGAGUGAGAUCCGCUUCAGGAAGCAGAGGGUGCAGAUGGAGAGGAGGAUGAGUCACUACCUCACUGUUCCUGCAAACCGCCAGGAGACUCCUUCUGUUAGGAAAGUCUGGUUUGAACCAGAACACAAAGUUUACACGUAUGACGAAAGCGAGAGUCCAAGAGACGGAGCCGCCCCGGAGACUUCGCCCGACAGUGUCAGCCUGCUGAGCGAGUCGUCUCAGAGACCCGGUCAGAGCAGCCGGAUGAAAAAACGAGGCGAUGCUGAGCAGGGCGCCAGAGCGCCAGACAACCAGGAGGAGCAGCAGAAACUGUCGAGAUGCUUCAGUGACCCUGGUCCAAAAGAGGAGGAGGAAGGUGAAGGCUGACGAUGAAGCACUUUAGCAGGACUUCUUGAUACAAACAUGCUUGAUAGUUUUUGUUAUUUUCAAGAAAUUAUGCAAGUUUUUUUUUUUUACUUUAUAGCUUUCUGAUCAUUUGUACCAUGUAACGACAUGACUGAAAAACCAUGAACUUUUCAGGUUUGGUUUUGCAAGCUGAAGUGAGUCAACCUCUUAUCAUGUACAGAAAGAAAAGCACAUAUUUUGACCAGCUUGAAGAAUCAGCCGACUGAUGGUUUACUUCCUUUCAGCGCACAGAUAAGGAUGCUUCAUGAUGCAUCAGAUUUGCAAAUAUUGAGGAGCAUUUCAGAACAUAUUGGAUUUGUACCCUCAUUUUUUAAAAAUAUAUCUAUUCUGUUUAUGUAAGGGUCUACGUUGUCCAAGAGAUAAAUACUGCCAUUUUAAAUCCUACUUCUACCGCGCCACUGUAAGGUCAGUCUAUUCAGAAAGCAUGAAGCUGCUUUUCACUGUUGUUUCUCUUUCAAAAGAUGCAAAAUAAUAAAAUUGUGCUCAAAGUAUCAUUUAAACAUUUCCUCAGUGGCGGCUAGAGGACUCUAGAAUGCUUCUAUUAGGGAAUUUUUUUUCGUAAAUAUCAGCUGAGGGCCUUGCAAUAUGAUACGCCAACACAUUAUUUUACAUUCCAGUGAAGGAUUAAAGUGUCAGGAAAACAAACUUGUGCUAUAAGAAUAUUAAAUGUGCUUUCAAGUAUUAAACUGCACUAUAAAACCAACCAAAGUCUGAACCAGAGUAGCAUUGUUUAUCUCAGCAGUCUGCAGCUCCAUCAGUGUUUUCUCAGGGACUCCUGCAUGGCUUUUCAAGCACACUAAAUGUGAUUGCUUUAUGAAGUGUUUUUGAGGUAUGAUGCAAGCAUUAUAUAUUAUAUUUCUGCAUGUUUGAACAAAACAGCAUUCUUUCUUGGACUUUUAUCAAAAGAAAUUGAAGGGUCUGGAUCAUAUCUGUACCUCCAUGCUCUGAGCUUUUGCUGCCUGCACGUUUGCCUUAAAGGUUUUUGCAUUAUGUUACACUUUUGUACCUUUUAAAGCAGAACUUAUUGUAAAUGUCAAAUGUGGGAAAUCUGAAAUAAAAGUUUAUUGUGAACCGUG